AUGUCCCAACCAAUGCUUCAGGAGAAUGAAUAAAAGAAUAAGUUCAGACAGAUUCAUUUGUAAAUUUAACAUUUGAUUUAAUUUAUUAGACAUUUUGGUAAAUCUAAAUUUCUUAUACUUCAAUAGCAUUAAUCAUAUAAACUUAAUGAUCUAUUACCUAUAUAGUUUUAAGAUUAUUUCCUAAUGAAUUUCACGAGCUGAAUCUACUUCAAUAGUUUUUAAAAUUCUUUCUAUCAACUAACCUGUUUGGUUUUUUGCCUUACACAUAUUACAGUCCUCUGUAGAAUUUAAAAAAUUUAGUAAAGCUUCUCAAUUGUAACAAAUAAUUUCAUUAGAUGUAAGACUUUUAUUUUUAAAUCCACUAAAAUAAAAUCCUCAUCAAUUAUAGAAGAUAUGUCAUAGAGUGAGAUAUCUAGUUCCUAGUAUUAAAACAAAUCUUAUUUAGAUUAUUAAUUUCAAAAAUUUUAGGAAAAAUAUUAAUUUUAAAGGAUCAAUUCUACACACACUGAAAAAUUUGCGAAAUCCAGAACAAUUAUUUUAAGAUUAACACCCUCCUAUUUUAACAACAGUACAUUUUAAAAAAAUUUUGAACAUUUGCUAUCAGUAUUAAAAUUAUUAUAUAUUUGGGUACCCUCAAGUUUUCUAGACACAAAUAGAAUUAUCCAAAAUACAUUCCCCCUCUAUAUACUAAGACGUUGA